AUGAAAGCCAAGACGGAGCCCACGCCGAACCCAAAGCCCACGACACCCGCGACGGCCGGCGCCUCCACGACGACCCCCACCGCCAGACGCGGCGGGAGACAGGCGGCGAAGAGGGGUCGUGGCGGUGCCUCCUCUGCCGCCAACACUCCGAAGGCGAACAACAACGCGAAGAGCAAUAGCGACGGCGAGAACAGCGAGAGUCAGACGGAGGGCGAGUCGGCCCGCAAGAGGGGACGGAAGCCGAAGGAGCCCAUCAAAGAGGAGGACAGAUAUGUACCCAACACUGACUCCGCUAAGAGAGGUCUGUAUCGCAGUCCACACACUCUUGUGGCCAUUGUUUGGUCGCUCUCUUUGUAUUAUGGCAGAGGGGAGCAGCUCUUUGCGACGCCGGGAUCAGAUCAAGUCGAAGGCCCGAUACUCUCC